AUGGCGACUGAGAAGUAUUCGGCAGCCUCCUUUCAGUCGGUCCUGGAGAAGGCCAACGAGCAGGCGACCAAGGCGGAGCAGCAUGACCGCGAGAGGAAACUGCCGCAAGCGUUCAUCAUGUACAAGCAAACCCUGCAGACAUACCUGACCGUCAUCGAGGACAUGUUGUUCCAGUGCAUUCGUUUUCAGGAGCGCAACGAAGACCUGCUGCGGAUCAUCACCCCGAACGACAAGUACCGCAAGCCAUCGCACCCACAACCCGACCGCUCGAAGCAGGACACGGACGUCAAUGACUUCGAGCCGACGUCGAACAUGAACAGGCUGCCAGGAGUGCUGUCCAUCACCCCCGACAAGCCCGUCAAAUGGAGUGACGUGAUCGGUCACGAGACACCCAAGUUCAUUCUGAAGCUCGCCAUCCUGGAUCGGUGCCCCAUUAAACACCCCGUCAUGUUUACCGGGAAGCGUAAAACACUCAAAUCGAUCCUCCUUUUUGGCCCUACCGGCUGCGGAAAGAGCUACCUCACCAAGGCAAUGAUUGGUGCGGCGAAAGACUGGGUGUGCAUUGACGUGAACGUUGCCUCACUCAUGAGAGACGCCCCGGAGGGGGCAGAAGACCUGUACGUGAAGUCACUUUUCAAGGCAGCCAGGCUGGCCGCUUGGUGUCUCCUGGUUUUGCAGGACGUCCAGGAGCUCUUUAAGCCAACCCAGAAGCCCGAAGAAGAGCACAGGUACCAGAAGCUACGUCAGAGCAUCGUCAAAGAAGUCAAGUUCAUCAACGACAACAUGACUGCCGAGGUGACGCUGUGCGUUGCCACCACUAAUGCGCCGAAGCUGAUCGACUCAUUUUUCGCCACAGCCUUUCAGAAGCGCAUUUUUAUCCCGCUACCCAGACCCGAAGAGCGCAUGCGCAUUUUGAAGCAGCACAUCGGCAAAUCUCCGAACACCAUCACUGAUGAUCAGUGGAUCGAGUUGGCAGACAAGACAUCGGGCUACAGUGGAGAGGACAUCCUGUCAAUCGUCAUGCACACCUUCAAAGACACCGGUGACCUCACCUUCGAAGAACUGUCCUCCGCCAUGGGGCAGUACAAGCCACGGAACACGCCUGACGACAUACAGGACUGUCUCAAGUUUAAGGAAGAGAACGCAUGCACAGCCGUGUAAAGCCCUCGCACGAGUGGUAAAUAUUUGUGUAUGCACAAAAAGAAAAUUAUCCGCUUAGGCUACCGUUUAGUAUCCGUCGGUGAUGAAC